AAUGGAAGCUAUUUAGAGAACAUGCAAAUUCUGGAUUGCAGCAUACAUUUCACAACACUAGUAUUCCUCCUAUUUGGGGAUUUGCUCACUACAUUUCCUUAUCCUUCACAGAUCAGAGUAGUCCGCAGUACUGCCAUAUCUGACCUUCCUAAACUAUGUUCCUACCCAGCAUUUUAAUCUGUAUAGCGUGCAGCAUAAGAUUGAGUUAUUCCCUGGAUAAAUUUGUUGCUGCAGUCUAUGAGCAUGUUCCUUUUUUCCCAGACCCAUCUCGGGCACCUGUAACACAAAAGGAAGCUUUGGCUUUAAUGAACAGAAAUAUAGAUGUUUUGGAAACAGCAGUAAUAACCGCAGCACAGAAGGGAGCACACAUCGUAGUCACACCAGAAUAUGCUAUAUGUUGUUUUGAUUUAAGCAGAGAAAAUGUAUUUCCCUAUCUGGAAGAUAUCCCUGACCCAGCGGUCAAUUGGAUUCCAUGCAAUGAUCCACACAGGUUUGGUCGAGCGCCAGUACAGAGAAGACUAAGCUGCAUUGCAAAAAACAAUUCCAUUUAUUUUGCUGCAAAUUUUGGUGACAAAAAAUGUUGUAAUGCCAGUGACUCCCAUUGCCCUCCAGAUGGAUAUUAUUUCUAUGAUACCACAGUUGUGUUUGAUCCAGAAGGGAAACUUGUAGCACGCUAUCACAAGUACCAUCUCUUCUUUGGUGAACCACAAUUUAAUGUUCCAGAAAAACCAGAGAUAAGUACAUUUGAUACACCAUUUGGAAAGUUUGGCAUUUUCAUCUGUUAUGAUAUAUUGUUCUAUAACCCUGCUGUAACCUUAGUCACUCACCACAAUGUAGAUACAAUUAUUUUCACAACUGCUUGGUAUAACACUCUCCCUCACUACAGUGCUAUUCAGUUUCACUCAGCAUGGGCCCUGGGGAUGAGAGCCAAUCUCCUAUCAUCGAAUAUACACAAUAUUAGUCUGGACAUGACAGGAAGUGGAAUAUUUUCACCAGAUAAUCUUGGACCAUAUUACUACAACAAUACUGUCAAUGAAGGUUAUUUGGUUAUAUCAGAACUAAACUCCUACACAAGAAAUAGCAGUAAAUGGGCACCUGUUCAAUGGCAGGAGUAUGCAUCUCAGAUUAAGAAACCUAUACCAAGCAAAGUGUUCAGAAGGAAACUUCUACUCGAUAACUAUACCAUGACAGAGUUAACAGAUGCUCAAGGAUGUGCUGCAGUUUGUCACCAUCAUCUCUGCUGUUACCUGAACUAUAGUAUGCUGGAGAAGAGAAGUGAUGAGGUAUAUGUACUUGGUGCUUAUGCUGGCUACCAUGGACCACAUCAAGUAUUUUACAUUGAGGUAUGUACACUGGUGAAGUGUACGAGCUUAGAGACUUGUCAUAUAGCUACUGACACUGCAUACACCAAAUUUGAAUCGUUUUCGCUAGCUGGUACAUUUCAAUCCACUAUUGUCUAUCCAGAGGUCCUUCUCAGUGGAGUUCAGUUGGAUCCUGAACUCUUUAAGGUGUUAAAGGAUGGGCGCCUGGCGAGUCGGCCUAAAAUAUCUUCUAAAGCACUUCUCAGCGUCAAUCUUUUGGGGAGAAAUUAUAUGAAAGAUCCAACCAGUUUAAAUCUUUCAAUAUUGUCUUAAUAUAUACUCGUAUUUUUCGUCCUAUAGGACGCACCGGCGUAUAAGACGCACCCAAUUUAUAGGUGCAAAAUCUAAAAAAAUAAAGAUUUUGAACCAAAUAGUGGUCUUCAACCUGCGGACCUCCAGAUGUUGCAAAACUACAACUCCCAGCAUGCUGGGAGUUGUAGUUUUGCAACAUCUGGAGGUCCACAGAUUGAAGACCACUGCACAUGAGGUAAUACUCACGUGUCCCCGCUGCUCCGGACCCGUCACCGCUGCCCUGGAUGUCGCUCCAUCGCUGUCGCCAUGUCCCCGUCGCUCCGGAACGUCUCUGCUGCCGGCCGGGUAUCCUCGCACUCCGUCGCCACCAUCACGUUGUUACGCACACCGACGCACGUACGCGACGACGUGAUGAUGAGGAAGGAGAGCGCCGGCCAUACAGGGGAUCUCUGAACGGAGAAGACACCGAG